AUGACGAAAGCACCCGCAGUUGGUAUUGAUUUGGGAACUACAUACUCCUGUGUCGGAGUUUUUCAACACGGAAAGGUUGAAAUCAUCGCAAAUGACCAAGGAAACCGAACAACCCCAAGUUAUGUCGCAUUUACAGACACUGAGCGACUUAUCGGCGAUGCCGCUAAAAACCAGGUCGCCAUGAAUCCCAACAACACCAUUUUUGAUGCCAAAAGACUGAUCGGGCGGCGUUUCGAUGACGCAACUGUCCAAGCUGACAUGAAACACUGGCCCUUCGAGGUCGUAAGCGACGCCGGAAAGCCAAAGAUUCAAGUCCAGUACAAAGGCGAAUUAAAGACUUUCUUCCCCGAGGAAGUGAGCUCAAUGGUACUAGUAAAAAUGAAGGAAACAGCAGAAGCAUACCUUGGUCAAACCGUGAGCAACGCUGUAAUUACCGUACCGGCUUACUUUAACGACUCUCAACGUCAGGCAACCAAGGACGCCGGAACCAUCUCUGGCUUGAACGUCCUGCGUAUCAUCAACGAGCCCACCGCAGCGGCAAUAGCCUACGGUCUCGACAAAAAAGCCACCGGAGAGCGCAACGUCCUAAUCUUCGAUUUAGGUGGUGGUACCUUCGACGUCUCCAUCCUGACCAUCGAGGACGGAAUCUUCGAGGUGAAAUCCACCGCUGGAGACACUCAUCUCGGAGGAGAGGACUUUGACAACCGCAUGGUGAACCACUUUGUGCAAGAAUUCAAGCGCAAAUAUAAAAAGGACCUCACCAGCAACAAACGCGCUCUCCGUCGUCUCCGUACCGCUUGCGAGCGUGCGAAGAGAACUCUUUCUUCUUCAACUCAAGCAAACAUUGAAAUUGAUUCUCUGUUUGAAGGAAUUGACUUUUAUACUUCAAUUACUAGAGCUCGAUUCGAGGAACUUUGUGCUGAUUUAUUCCGCAGCACUCUUGAGCCAGUGGAGAAGUCUCUUCGUGAUGCUAAAAUUGACAAGUCUGUCAUUCAUGACAUUGUCCUUGUUGGAGGCUCAACGCGUAUUCCAAAGAUCCAGAAGCUCCUCCAGGACUUCUUCAACGGCAAGGAGCUCAACAAGUCCAUCAACCCGGACGAAGCUGUGGCUUAUGGAGCAGCUGUCCAGGCUGCUAUUCUUCACGGUGAUAAAUCCGAAGCAGUUCAAGAUUUGUUGUUGCUUGAUGUUACACCACUGUCUCUUGGUAUCGAGACUGCUGGUGGUGUCAUGACGGCCCUGAUAAAGCGUAACACUACCAUUCCAACGAAACAGACCCAGACCUUCACUACCUACGCUGAUAACCAACCCGGAGUGCUCAUCCAAGUCUACGAGGGAGAGCGUGCCAUGACCAAGGACAACAAUCUUCUGGGAAAAUUCGAGCUCUCCGGCAUCCCACCUGCGCCACGUGGUGUCCCGCAAAUCGAGGUCACCUUUGACAUUGAUGCGAACGGUAUUCUCAAUGUCUCAGCUGCUGACAAAAUGUCUGGCAAGGAGAACAAGAUCACCAUCACCAAUGACAAGGGACGGCUCAGCAAGGAGGAGAUUGAGCGCAUGGUCAAUGAAGCUGAGAAGUACAAGAAUGAGGAUGAGAAACAGAAGGAGACUAUCUCUUCUAAGAACGGACUUGAGUCUUAUUGCUUCAACAUGAAGAGCACGGUUGAAGAUGAGAAGCUCAAGGAUAAGAUUAGCGCUGCUGAUAAGCAAACUGUUCUUGAUAAAUGCAAUGAGAUUAUUAAGUGGCUCGAUGCUAACCAGCUGGCUGAGAAGGAAGAGUACGAACACAAACAAAAGGAACUGGAGAAUAUUUGCAAUCCAAUUGUUACUAAGCUGUACCAGGGAGCUGGUGGUAUGCCUGGAGGUAUGCCCGGUGGUAUGCCUGGAGGCAUGCCUGGUGCUGGAGCCGCUCCCGGAGGACCUGGAGCUGGAUCUGGACCCACCAUCGAAGAAGUCGACUAA